AUGUCUCUUUUCUCCUUGCUAUCAGGACAGAUUGCGGCAUCGCAACCCCAGCAACCUAACCCUAUGAUUGCACCUCCUGUUAAACCUGUUCCCCCAACCCCUGGCUUCUCCGAGCAUACACCUACAAUUUCUAGCAAGCCUACGGUCCAUCCUGCACCUCUCCUGCAACAAAGUGCAACGUACCAAGCGUUUCGCCAAUGGAGACUCCAUUUUGAGGACUAUGCAGCAUUAGUUGGACUUGAUAGAUUACAUCAAACUUCCCAGCUGAUUCACCUGAGAACUUGCAUUUCCCUGGACGUCCAGCGCCUGCUCACGCAUAAACUGGGCAUCCCUACCAACACAUCACUUUCCUUUACAGAGGUGUUGGAUACACUGCAAAAGCACUUUCACAGCCUCAGAAAUGAAGCCUUACGACGCAGGGAAUUGUUGUCCUGCAAACAGGCUGUUGGAGAAUCAUUUGCAGACUACUACGUACGCCUCAAGGAUCUCGCUGAUGAAGUGGACUUAUGCACUGGCAACCCCACCUCCUGCACUGAACGGCAAUUGCAGAUGGUAAUUUUGAUGGGUGUGAGAGACGGAGAGUUAAUGCAACGCCUUAUCCCCCUCCAACCCUCAUCUACCCUUGCAGAGUUCGUGACAUGCUGCCGCUCCAACGAAUCUACACGUGCGACUGCAUCAGCCAUUGCAUCUUCCCAUAACCAGGUCAACGCAGUAUCUACAUACAAGAAGAACCAGCGUCUACAUAAGAGGUAUUCUCAUCGAUCUGACCAACGUUCUCACCAGUCUCCUAACAGUGACCCUUGUCAAUAUUGCUCUCACAAGCACAAUUCCGGACAAUGCCCAGCCACGGGUGUAUCGUACAAUAGCUGCGGACGCACGGGUCAUUGGCCCCGCACUCAGAAAUGCCCUGCUAAGGAAGCUCAGUGCAAGACCUGCCAGAAACAGGGACAUUUUGAGAAGAUGUGCAAGUCAAUCAAGAAAAGUCAGACUGGGUAUACAGCUUCACCUCCUCCUACGAAGUCAAAUACCAGCUGCCGUUUCGUGAGUGAUAACUUGGGUAGCGAGUCCCCUACACCAGUCACUGUCUCUCUGUCAUUUGGCGAUAUAUCAUCACAUCUCCAGCUAAUCCCCGAUACAGGAGAAGACAUCACAGUGAUUGGCACCAUACAUUUGGAUGCACUCCGCAUACCUCGGACAAGGCUUGAACCUCCACCCAUGACAGAUAUCGUAACAGCAGAUGGAUCCCCCAUGACACCAGCUGUAGGAUACUUCCAGGCAACACUUCGUCUUGGCAACAAGUCUUGCUCAGCAACCAUACAUGUUCAUGAGGAUAUCCAGACUCCCCUCCUCUCCCGUGAACAUUGCCGAGCCUUCGCCAUAGUGUCACCGGACUUCCUGAAGCCCAUCCUCAAGGUAACACAUCUCAACAGAUGCGCUCAGUUUCCUGCCUCCGCCAUGACGCCACCCGCAGCUAUUAAGGACUAUUUUCUUUGGCACUUCAGCGACAUCCUCAUAUCCAAGAAGGAUCUACAAACCCAGCCACUAAAGAAAAUGGCAGGCCCUCCAAUGAGGAUUCACCUGAAACCUGGUGCUACACCAUUCGCUGUACAUACACCCAGGCCCAUUCCGUUCGCUCUCAGAGAUCAAGUGAAAGAAGAACUUGACUCCUUGGUGCAACAAGGAGUCAUCAGACCAGCAGGCGACGAACCCUUUGAAUGGUGCCAUCCCAUGGUCUUGGUACCCAAGGACAAAGGUGUGCGCAUCAUUGUGGAUCACACCCACCUAAAUUCUCAGGUAGGCCGCCCUACACACACAUCACCAAUGCCCCAUGAUGCCGUCCGCAACAUCUCUCCUACUGCGAAGUACUUCACCACAGCAGAUGCCCUGCAUGGCUAUUGGCAAAUGGAGUUGGCAGAAGAGGACCGCCACCCGACUACAUUAAUAACUUCGUAUGGAAGAUUCCAGCACUGUCGCGGCCCGAUGGGAUUUUCAGCAACAGGCGAUGCAUACUGCCUGCGUGGAGAUAUGGCACUACAAGGUGUUCCCACCUGUGUGAAGGUUGUAGAUGACAUCCUCCUUUCCGACGAAUAA